AUGUUUUCCAUUUCCACUGCUCCGGCGAAGCAGUCGGUCGGUGAGACCAUCACGGUUCUGAGCGGCCGCCUGAGUUCGGCCACCCUGCUCGAGGAUCGCCGUGCUGCUAUACUCGGCUUGCGUAGCUUUGCCAAAGACUUCCCUGCCUCUGUCGCUUCUGGAGCUCUUCGCAGUCUUAUAGGCAGCCUGAGCAAGGAUGCCGAAGAUGUCGACACCGUCAAGGUGGUCCUUGAGACCUUACUAAUGCUUUUCAGCCCCAACGAAGAUAGCCCAGAAGCUUCGGAGGAGAUUGCUUUAUGGUUGGCUGACGAAUUUACCCAGCGUCAGGAGAACAUCACUCUCCUGCUCGACUUCCUCGACUCGACCGACUUUUACUCGAGACUCUACUCCCUGCAGCUCCUCGCCGCCAUCCUGUCUGCCCGAACUGAGCGAACUGAAGAGUGCGUCUUCACAGCCCCUCUCGGCAUUUCUCGUCUAGUAGCUGUCCUCGACGAUAACCGUGAAGCUGUGAGAAACGAAGCCAUCACCCUCCUCACCUUCCUUACUCCUUCUUCGACCGACAUCCAAAAGCUAGUUGCCUUCGAAAACGCCUUUGACCGACUCUUCAACAUCAUAUCCUCGGAAGGCUCCCUGUCCGAGGGCGACCGCGUUGUGGAGGACUGUCUGAUUCUUGUCGCAAACUUGCUUAGGAGGAACCCCUCCAACCAGUCCCUCUUCCGCGAGUCGGGUGGUAUCCGUCGUUUGGCCGUCUUGCUGGAAGGUGCUGAAAAGGCCCAGCGGGAAGACGUGGAGGUUGCUGCUUGGGCGCAGACCCAACGUAACCGGAACAUUUAUGCACUGUUGGCUGUGGUUCGUCUGUUUCUAGUAGCAGGGGCCGUGGGAACGCCGCAAAACCAGCUUGCCUUCUGGCAACACGGCUUGUUGUACCACGCUCUCCAACUGGCCUUCAGCCACGUAGCCCAGCUUCCAAUUAAGGCAGAGGCUCUAGUAACCUGCGCCGACAUCAUCAGGGGCAAUCCUAGUCUUCAGGAGGGAUUCGCCCAGCUCCAGGUCCCGUCGCCCCUCGAAUCUCCUUCGCCGGCCGAAGCUGGCCAAACAAAUGGCGUCGUCAAAGUCUACGUGAUCGAUGGCCUCUUGGACCUUGCGCUCGGCGUGCAGGACUUGGAAGCCUUCGAUCUGCGUUUAGCAGCAUGCGACUGCCUCAAGGCGUACUUUUACAACCACGCCGACAUUCGCCUGCACUUUCUGCGAAGGGCCAUUGAGGGACAUGACACCGGAGCCGAUGAGACUGCAAACGUGCUGACAGUGCUGCUGCGGCCCUCGUCCGACGCCGCAGUGGCUAACCCCUAUCGCAGCUGGUUCGCUGCAACUAUCAUGCUACAUCUCGUUUUUGAUAAUCCCGAGGCAAAGAGCAUGGCCAUGGCUGUCACCGAAGGCGAUGCGAAAAAUGGAGAGGAAGUCGUCACAAGCAUUCAAACCAUCGCUGCCCAUCUAAUUUCCGGGCUGAACCGGGAGCAAGAUAGUCGGGUUGUGGUAGGGUAUCUGAUGCUUCUCCUUGGCUGGCUGUUCGAAGACUUGGACGCCGUCAACGACUUUUUGGGAGAGGGGACCAAUACUCAGAGCCUUAUUCAAGCAGUGAACCAUCCGUACCCAUCUGGUGACAUUGUCCAGGGACUCUGCGCCAUGCUUCUGGGUGUGCUGUACGAGUUCUCGACCAAGGACUCGCCUAUCCCCGGGCUGACCUUCACAAUAUUCUCGUCUCGCCUGUCCAAGUUGAGAAGCGAUCCGCUUGUUAGGGACUUUGAAGUGAUACCUCAAAAACUGAGUAACUCGGGCUUAGGCAAGCUGCCUGACGUCUACUUUGAUGCUACAUUUGUCGACUUCUUCAAGGAUAACUACAGCCGCAUUCUCCGCGGCAUAGACCGAGAUCCUGGGCUGGAAAUAUCCGUAGUCUCGAACGGCGUUCAGAAGGGUGUUUCCCGGGAACUCGUCGACUCUCUUCGAACACAGUUGACGGAAAAGGACCAGGCUUUGCAAGCAGCGCAAGUCAGUCUUGAGACGAUUAGUCGGCAACUUGGGCAGGAGCAAGCUGAUCACCGGCGGACUCGAGAAACAACUGCCGUAGAGUUAGCGAGAAUAAAGCAGGUGAACGAGGGGAUGCAAAGACAGCACGAUGCAGAGCUACGGAACCUGCAGAAUCGAAUUGCAUCUCUGCAAGAGGAACAUCAAAAGCAGGAUGAGCAGACCCGAAGAAGGACAGAAUCACAAAUCGCAACACUCGAACAGCAGCACAAGAAGCAGUUGGAGGAAGCUCAACGGAAGGCAGACACUCAUAUCACAGCUCUCGAACAACAGCACAAGAGGCAAUUGGACGACGUCCAGAGGAAUGCAGCCUUUCAGAUUACAGCCCUGGAAAAAGAGCUCAAGAAACAGGCCGACCUAGCCCAACAGACCGCCAAGGCACAAGCAGCCUCGCAACAGGAGGAGCAUCGCAAGCAGUUAGAGCAAGCGCGCAAAACGGCCGAGUCAGAUGCUGAUCGUGUCCGCCACCGGGCAGAGGCUGACAUGGCAGAUCUCAAGGCUACGAUCAGCCGACUCGAGGUCGAUCUUAUGAAGGCCAAGAAGACAAAGGCGCAGGAGAUCCAAGGCGUUCGGGAAGAGUUGGAGAAAAAGGCACAAGAACAGGAGAUCCUCGUCGCCAAAUCUGAGGCACGUGUAAAGCAACUUGAAAACGAACUGCGUGAGAAUCAGAAGAAGGCAGCCCAUGGCGACAUAGCCAUCAAGAAGGCCGAGGAAGACAAAAAGGCAACGCAAAACGAGCUUGAUGAUUUACUCAUGGUGUUUGGCGACCUCGAAGAAAAAGUCGCCAAAUAUAAGGCAAAGCUCGAAGAACUUGGAGAGACCGUCUCUGAUGGGGAAGACGAGGAUGAAGGCAGUGACGAGGAGGAAGAGAACGACGAAGACGAUGAAGACGAUGAGGCGAAGAGCGAGGAGGUAAAUAACUCCAAAACAUAG